AUGAUGUUUAACCUGUAUCCUGAAAUUAUCAAUUAACCAUUAAAUUAACUCUCUUGCAAUCAGCAUACUCCUUUUGAAUUGUAUUUCUAGUUUCUGAAGAGGGAUUAUUAAGUUUGUAGAUAAAUCCUUCAAAGAAAAAAAAUUGGAGUUUCAAUAGAUUAUUUUGAGAAUGAAAAUUUUCCAUACCUUCUUAGAUUAAGAGAGGAUUCUAUUAGUCGAACCUAAACUCUUUUAGAAACUGAAAUUAUUGAGAUUCUUCAAAAAUUGUAAUUAAAAUUCAAUAAAUUUUAAAAAGUUCUUAUUUAUGAUGUUGAUUUUAAAGUGAUGGACAAUUAUGUAAUUAAUUGUAAUGGGCCACUACAUUUUAUUUCAACAUUGGAUGGAAAAAUUAAAUAAAAAUCAUUCAACACAAUGAUGCAAUAUAGGUAUUGUCAUACAUAAAUAAAGACAUUUAAAAGCACUUGAAACUCAAAAUGUCAUAGAUUUUGAUUUUUUCGAUUGGAAACAAGAAGACUCUAUGGAAUUCAAAAUAUCAAAAAUAAAGACACUCUUGAAUUUGAUUUGA